CAGGUGGAGGCUUACCUGACACGGUAUUUUCUCGUUAUUUUAUUUUGUGACAUUUGCAUGAUUUUUUUUUUCCACUUUUUUGUCACUUUCAGAUUGUCAUCUGUGUUUGUGACUCUUGUUGACCACCGAUAGCAUGCAGACUCAAAACAGUCCAGACUCAUCUGAACCUGGACCAAGCUGUGUGUCCAUGAAGAGUGACUGGUCAAAGAAUGCUCCCUUUAAUUUUAAGGGACUCCAACCCACUGCCCAAAAAAUAUUGAACCAACAAAGCCUUGAGAUUAACUAUGUGCCAUCUACUCAGCAACCUCAACUAGAUGUGAGCAACAUAUUUAAGAUUCUACAAAAUGACUUAGUCCUGUUUGUUGAAAAUGAGGUGGCGAGGAUCGAGAAGGUUCUCAAUACAAAUGAGCCAGAAUACUUCAAGAGUCCGAGUGAAGAUAAGGCACAGAGGAGAAGCAGAAAAGCUUUCCUGAAGAUUGCACUGAUCUUCCUGAGGAAAAGAAAACAAGAGCAGCUGGCUAACCAUCUGCAAAGCAUCCUUUCAGGAACUCGUGCUGUGGUUUGCCUUCACAAAUUCAAAUCUAAUUUGAAGCAGAAGUUUGAGCGUGUGGUUGAGGGGAUCACCAAAGCAGGAAAGGCAACUCUUCUGAAGGAGAUCUACACAGAGCUCUACAUCACAGAGGGCGGGGCUUCAGAGGUCAAUGAGGAACAUGAGGUCAGACAGAUUGAAUCAGCAUCCAGAAAAACAGACACAAAUGAAACGACAAUCACAUGUGAAGACAUCUUCAAAGCUUCAGCUGACACACAGCCACCAAUCAGAACAGUGCUGACAAAGGGCGUGGCCGGCAUCGGGAAAACAGUCUUAACACAGAAGUUCACUCUGGACUGGGCUGAAGGCAAAACCAACCAGGACGUCCACUUCUUAUUCCCAUUGACUUUCACAGAGCUGAAUGUGCUGAAAGAGAAAAAGUUCAGCUUGGUGGAACUUGUUCAUCUCUUCUUUCCUGAAACUAAAGAAGCAGGACUCUGCAUUUUGCAAGAAUUUAAGGUCACUUUUAUCUUGGAUGGCCUGGAUGAGUGUCGCCUCCCUCUGGACUUCCACAGCAGUGACGUCCUGACUGAUAUCACAGAGUCGAGUUCAGUGGAUGUUCUGCUGACCAACCUCUUCAGGAGGAACCUGUUACCCUCUGCUCGCCUCUGGAUAACCACACGACCUGCAGCAGCCAAUCAGAUCCCUCCUGAGUUUGUUGACAUGGUGACAGAGGUCAGAGGCUUCACAGACCAUCAGAAGGAGGAGUACUUCAGGAAGAGAUUCAGAGAUGAGGAGCAGUCCAGAAGAAUCAUCUCCCACAUGAAGACAUCACGAAGCCUCCACAUCAUGUGUCACAUCCCAAUCUUCUGCUGGAUCACUGCUACAGUUCUGGAGGACAUGUUGGAAACCAAAGAUGGACCAGAGCUGCCAAAGACCCUGACUGAGAUGUACAUCUACUUCCUGGUGGUUCAGUCCAAAGUGAAGAAGGUCAAGUAUGAUGGAGGAGCUGAGACAGAUCAACUGUGGAAUCCAGAGAACAAGGAGAUGAUCGUGUCUCUGGGAAAACUGGCUUUUGAGCAGCUGCAGAAAGGGAACCUGAUCUUCUAUGAAUCAGACCUGACAGACUGUGGCAUCGACAUCAGAGCAGCCUCAGUGUACUCAGGAGUCUUCACACAGAUGUUUAAAGAGGAGAGAGGUCUGUACCAGGAGAAGGUGUUCUGCUUCAUCCAUCUUAGUCUUCAGGAGUUUCUGGCUGCUCUUUAUGUCCAUCUGACCUUCACCCAGUCUGGAGUCAAUCUGUUACUGAAAGAAGAAUCAUCAUGCAGAAGGCAUGAAAUAUUUAAAGAAAAACCAAAACUAACACUUCUCUACCAGAUUGCUGUGGACAAGGCCUUACAGAGUCCAAAUGGACACCUGGACUUGUUUCUGCGCUUCCUUCUGGGUCUCUCCGUGAAGACACAUCAGAUUCUCCUACGAGGCUUGAUGACAGAGACAAGCAAAACCCCAGAGAAUCAGAAAACAGUCGAGUACAUCAAGAAGAAGCUCAGUAAGAAUCUCCCUCCACAGAAAAGCAUCAAUCUCUUCCACUGUCUGAAUGAAAUGAAAGAUCAUUUACUCGUGGAUAAGAUGCAACGGUACCUGAGCUCAGGAAGUCUUUCCACAGAAAGUCUGUCUCCUGCUGACUGGUCAGCUCUGGUCUUCAUCUUACUGUCAUCAGAACAACAUCUGGAUGUGUUUGACCUGAAGAAGUACUGUGCUUCACAAGAUGCUCUUCUUAGACUGCUGCCGGUGGUCAACGCAUCUAAAAAAGCUUUGUUAUCUGGCUGUAAUCUGCAAGGAAGAAGCUGUAAAGUUCUAUCAUCAGUUCUCAGGUCUCAGACCUCCACUCUGAAAGAACUGGACCUGAGUAACAACAAGCUGCAGGAUUCAGGAGUGAAGCUGCUGUCUGCUGGAUUGGAGAGUCCACACUGUAAACUGGAAACUCUCAGGCUGGGGUACUGUAAACUGUCAGAGAAAAGCUGUGAAGUUCUGUCAGUGGUUCUCAGCUCUCAGUCCUUCAGUCUGAGAGAACUGGACCUGAGUAACAACCAACUUCAAGAUUCAGGAGUGAAGCUCCUAUCUGCUGGACUGGAGAGUCCACACUGUCAACUGGAAACUCUCAGGCUCAGUUUUUGUAAACUCUCAGAGAAAAGUUGUGACAUUUUGUCAUCAGUUCUCAGCUCUCAGGCCUCCAGUCUGAGAGAACUGGAUCUGAGUAACAACCCGCUGCAAGACUCAGGAGUGAAGCUGCUGUCUGUUGGACUGAAGAGUCCACACUGUCAACUGGAAAUUCUCAGGCUAAGUGUCUGUGAUCUGUCAGAGAAUAGCUGGAAAGUUCUGUCAUCAGUUUUCAGCUGUCAGUCCUCAAGUCUGAGAGACCUGGACCUGAGUAAGAACGAUCUGGGGGAUUCAGGAGUGAAGUUCCUAUCCGCUGGACUGGAGAGUCCACACUGUCAACUGGAAACUCUCAGGCUGAGUGCCUGUAAUUUGUCAGAGAGAAGCUGUGAAUUUCUGUCAUCAAGUCUCAGCUGUCAGUCCUCUAGUCUGAGGGAACUGGAUCUGAGUUACAAUGACCUGCUGGAUUCAGGAGUGAAGCUUCUGUCUGCUGGACUGGAGAGCACACACUGUAGACUGGAAACUCUCAGGUUUUCUUGCUGUAAACUGUCAUUGAGAAGCUGUAAAGUUCUGUCAUCAGUUCUCAGCUGUCAGUCCUCUUGUUUGAGAGAUCUGGAUCUGAGGAACAACCAGCUGCGGGAUUCAGGAGUGAAGCUGCUGUCUGCUGGACUGGAGAGUCCACAAUGUCAACUGGAAACUCUCAGGUUGAGUUUGUGUGAUCUGUCGGAGAGAAGCUGUGAAGUUCUGUCAUCAGUUCUCAGGUCUCAGUCCUCUCGUCUGAGAGACCUGGACCUGAGUGACAAUAAUCUGCAGGAUUCAGGAGUGAAGCUGCUGUCUGCUGGACUGGAGAGUCCACACUGUCAACUGGAAACUCUCAGGCUGUCAGGCUGUCUGAUCACAGAUGAAGGCUGUGCUUCUCUGGCCUCGGCUCUGACCUCCAACCCCUCCUAUCUGAGAGAGCUGGACCUGAGCUACAACCAUCCAGGCGACUUGGUGAAGCUGCUGUCUGCUGGACUGGAGGAUCCACACUGGACUCUGGACUCCCUAAGCACGGAUUCUGGUGGAGUCCAAUGGUUGAGACCAGGUCUGAAAAAGUAUUCCUGUGAUCUCACACUGGAUCCAAACACAGCGAACAGAAAACUCAAACUGUCCAAAAACAACUCAAAGGUGGAACAUAUGAAAGAGUAUCAGUUGUACCCUGUUCACCCAGACAGAUUUGAGAUUUGGCCUCAGGUUCUGUGUACGACGGGUAUGGUUGGUCGCUCUUACUGGGAGGUCGAGUGGAGAGGAAAGAUCUCUAUAGCAGUGACCUACAGAGGAAUCAGAAGACGAGGAGACAGUGCUGAGUUUGGAUCUAAUGAUCAGUCAUGGAGGCUGUUGUGCGCUGAUAAUCAUUACAGCGUCCGUCACAAUAACAGGCAAACAGUGCCUGAUUGUCAUCAUUUUUACCCCAACAGAGUCUCAGUAUUUGUUGACUAUCCUGCUGGCACUCUGUUGUUCUAUGAAGUCUCCUCUGACACUCUGAUCCACAUUUAUACCUUCUGCUGCACAUUCACUGAACCUCUGUAUGCUGGGUUCUGGGUUGGUGUUGGUUCCUCAGUGUCUCUGUGUCGGAUCGGUGUUUACUGAUGCUGAUAUUGUAUGAUCAUGUUUUAUCAUAGAGUUGGAUAGUUGAAAUCAAAUAUAGUAAAUUUUAUGCUUUUUAAUUUUAAAUAUUGAGUGUAGCUAUUUUGGGUGUGUUCUUUUCGGAUUAGCAGCACACCUAUGGUAUGGUUUGCCUAUGGUAACCUAGACUCAAAUCGUCUUCUCACUGUCACGUCACCAAACGCCUCUGUCCCAGGUGCUUCUCAGUCCCAAAAGCAGAGGACACAGAGACAUGAAUGUCACGGCACAGACAAGAGAAUAACUCUACAAGUUCAACACUUUCACGAGAUAUAUGAUGCCCAGCAAGUCAUUCAAAACCUAGACCUUAGUCUUGAUCACACAUGUACACAUGAACUGUUCAAAUGAGGCCCCAGGAGUUAAUAAUUACUGAUUGGGUUAGGAUUUUUUGUGACUUAUUGUGCAUGUAUAAUAUGUGCAUAUAUGUAUUUGGUAUAUGUAUAAAAAUGGACAUACAUCUGUAUGUAUAUGUGUGUUCUUCAAUGUCUUUUUCCUUUUAUCAGAAUUAAGCUCUUACAGAUUGUAAUAUAUAGUUUUGUAUGACUGUUACUGUUUUUAAUUAUUUUCUUUUGUGACCUCCUUCUGGGUAUGAACACUGGUUAUCUCUAGUACAAUACAUCAAAUGGUAACAUUUAUGUUCAAUUCUGUACAUGGUUGACCAAUAC